GUCGGAUCCUCGGCGACAUUUCGUAGUGGUCAUGAUAGUUGAGCUUGCCAGGACUCUUAGGCAAACCGAGGCGAGCUGAAGUCCAUUCUGGUAAGGACUCAGUCCGAGGCAGUUCCCGCUUGCCUCGCCGCCAUACAAUGUCAUUGGGGACAGGACGUAGUAUCAUUCCUGGAAACCCGGCACAGCGAUACCGAUGGUUAACACCGCGAAAGCAAUACCUCAGAUCGUUUGAGGGUGAUGUGCGCCUGGCACGACAUCUUCAUUGCCCAGUUUCGGUGCCACCACGACAAGUCGCAGUCAGUCCAGUCAAUGCACAUCAGGGCCCAGCCCUCCGCAUCUCCUUCAAUGAAUUCCUACUACGCAAUGUAUACAAUCCGACGCGCCCCUGCAAGCUGUACAGCACCCAUCAUCAAGAACCCUGGCUGCAUGAUGCACACAAUGACCGUCCUAAUGGGGAUCAGUGCCACAAACGAUGGCUUCCCAUGGUGGCGUUUGUUGUCCAUUAUACUCUCCAGAUCAGCCACAUGGGCGGCAGCGGCACUGGCGGCGGAUCAGCGACCGCGUUCUCUGCCGCUGUUCCUGGCCGGUCUGAGCCGUGCGCAAGCUUCAGGCGCGACGCGGUAGAUGAACACCGGGCGGGCCUCGGGAGCGGCGCAGCAUGGGGUGUGGACGUGAGGUGGCAGCGGUUCAAUGGGAUGGAGCGUGGACUGGGCGUCAAGGUCGAAUUGUACCCGCCCGCCGGAGACGCUGUCGAACACUGCAUUUCCUCGGAGCAGAGCCAUGUGCGGGACUGUCGGGCGAGACAUCGCCGUCGCGGCUUGCGGGUGGGCAGGCCGUCGAAGGCAUCCGUCGCAACUGAAGUGGAGAGAGCAUGUGCUGUGGGCCAAAAUCGAGCGUCCGUCGAGGAUAGGUAUAGACUUUCGGACGAGCUAGUAGGCUGAACAGAGCCCCAGAACGCCGGCUCGUCCUGGAGUCGGGCGCAUUCUGCACGACAAGCUUACUCGAUCGCGGCGUUCUCCCCAUCCUGGUUGACAUGAACCCCGUCGGAACCGAUGCGCAGCGUGAAGUGUCCGACACCGCUCUGCCCUGGGAUGCGCACGAGGCCGGUAAUUUCGCCUUUCUCGAUGACGGGCCGUCGCAGCGCGCGCUCCUGCUCCGCUGCCUCCUCCAGUACGAUACCCUCGCGUAGCUGCUUCGGUGUGCGCCGAGACAACGUAAUGUGGUGCGUCAGUGGCAGCACGACGGACUCGGGAG